AUGUAUCAUGCUCCCGAUGUAUCCGAAUUCGUCGCCCGCAACAUGACGAGAUGCUUCUCCGCUGCAAUUCACGGUUUCGUCUACAGCCCAACGUCUCCUCUUAAGGACUUGGAUCUCGUCGGCCCCGAAACAAUUGCCACUCUUGCCCAGUGGAAUGGUCAGCCUCUGACAUCGGUUGACGCGUGCAUCCACAAUGUUAUCCAUCAAAAGGCACUCGCGCAUCCCGAAGCCCCCGCCAUUUGCUCAUGGGACGGCAACUUCACAUACCAGCAGCUCGAUCAGCUUUCAUCUGCCCUUGCCGUACUUCUCCGCGAGCGUGGGAUAGCUGGGGGGUCGAUUGUCCCGUUUUGUUUCCAGAAGUCCGCCUGGGCUGUCAUUGCGAUGGUAGGAACACUCAAGGCAGGGGCAGCAUCAGUCGCCCUGAGUCCUGACUUUCCGCCCACACAUUUGAAUCACAUUUUAACCCAGACAAAUGCUGCUCUCUGUCUCGUGGACCAAAGAAACUGUGAGGGUCUGAAACAUGUCGGUCUCGAGCUGCUGGUGGUCGAGCCGAGCUUGUUGGGUAGCUCUAAAAGUCCAAUUUCUUUCCAGAAUAACAGCUCUUCGAGAGAUAUGGCCUUUAUCCAGUACACAUCAGGGACGACCGGAGUCCCCAAGGGUGUGGUCCUGGAACACGGGGGCUUCUUGACCGCCAUGCUUGCCCACCAGCAAGCACUCCACAUUGGUCCCGAGUCCCGAGUCCUGCAGUUUGCUUCUUAUAUAUUUGACGCCAGCCUCCAGGAGGUCUUUGCUACCCUCACCGCAGGCGGGUGUCUCUGCAUACCUUCCGAGGAACAGCGGUUCAACGAUUUGGGUAGUGCCAUUCGGGCCAUGAAUGUUACCUGGGUCUUCAUGACCCCAAUGUUCGCGCAGACCCUCCAACCCUCGGAUUUGGAGGGUGUUCGCACCCUGAUGAUGGGCGGCGAAUGCCCCGGGCAAAGCAUCAUCGAUCGGUGGGGAGCGAAACUGGAGGUUCUGAAUGGCUACGGGCCGUCGGAAGGGACCAUCUGCUGCUCAGUCAAUAACCUCAGUCAAGGCGAUUAUCCGGACCGCGAAAAUAUCGGCCAUGCCCUGUCGAACAACCACCUCUGGGUGGUGACCCCGGAAAAUGCCCAUCGCCUCGCCCCGUUAGGCGCCAUCGGAGAGCUGAUGAUUCAGGGGCCCAGCCUGGCCCGGGGAUAUUUGCAGAAUGACGAAACCACACAGAACUCGUUUAUCACUCCAUCGUGGCUAUCGGGUGUCAACGCGAUGCAGCCGCAUAGAGCUUAUCGAACGGGAGAUCUGGUGCGUUAUCAGGCCGACGGUAGCCUCCAGUUCGUGGGCCGCAACGAUUCUCAGGUAAAGAUAACCGGUCGGCGAGUGGAGUUGAAGUCGGUCGAAAUACAUCUGGCUCAGAGCGCUCCGGAUGACAUAUCCACUGCUGUCGAGGCAAUCCGUUUGCAAACUGGCCAGGCACAGCGCACGAUUCUGGUCGCAUUUUACUGGCCUACCGGCGAAAGAGGGGAGGAGUCAUUGCAGCCUCUGCCUGCCACGGCUGAAACCAAGUCCGUGGUUGAAAACAUCGAGGCAAAGCUCCGAACAGCAAUCGCUGCCUACACUGUCCCGACCUUCUUUAUUCCCUUGCCCUUCAUGCCUGUCAACCUAUCAGGGAAGCUGGACCGCCGGCGGCUCAGGUCCUUGGUGGCGGAUCUUUCGGACAGCCAACUGGCCCUGUAUGCCCCCGGUGCCGUGGCCAAGGUGGAGCCGAGGAAUGAGCUGGAGGGCCAGUUGCAGCGGAUGUGGGCCGAGGUACUUGGAGUUGAACUGGAAAUAGUGGGCGUUCACGACAACUUCUACCAACUCGGAGGGGAGUCCGUUCUUGCCAUCGCGCUGUCUGCCAUGGCCCGGGAACAUGGACUGCCUUUGCUGCCGACGGACAUCCUGAAGCAUUCCGAGCUAGCCUCCCAGGCAGCCAUGCUGCAGGAGAGAAUGAAC